GAAGAGAUAUUUGAUGGCAGUCAAACCAUUAAGUAGAAGUUAAAGGAGAAUGCGAGUGUGCAGUGAAGGACAGCAUGCUACAGCAACACCUGACCGUGGGACUGUUCCUCCUUUCUGAUCUCUUCCUAAAAGGUUUGGCAUCUGUUAUUAAAGGCCCUUCGAUGUUGAACGCUUCACUUGGCGAGACGCUGUGUGUAAAGUGUCAAUAUCAAAAAAAAUAUUAUAACUACAACAAGUACUGGUGCAGAGGCUCUAAUUGGGGGAGCUGUACAUACGUCGUUAAGACUGACGGGACUGAGAAAGAAUGGAGAGAUGGCAGAAAUGUUAUCAAGGACAAUCAGACGGAAUUUGAAUUCACAGUGAGAAUGGAGAACAUCGCAAAGGAAGAUGCUGGCAUUUAUUGGUGUGCCAUAGGCAAAUUCUGGGCUAGUGAUCCCAAAUGGAAAGUAAAUAUUACAGUUAUUACAGUAACCAUAGCGACUUUGAUCUCAUGAUCUUGCUACCUGUGGUUCUUGGGUUACUGGUGCUAAUUUUAGGUGGAACUAUACUGUUGAUGUGGAAGCUAAAGAAGAAAAAAGCUACCAAAAUCUCUAAGGGUCCCCUUCCAUCUACGGUUUCUCCUUCAUCUGAUCAAGCCACAGAUGGCACAGAAGUGGCAUAUACAACUGUAGGACCAACUCAGCCUUUUGCUUCUCAGUCUCAGGUUUCUAAAAACAGAGAAAAGAUUGAUUAUGCAUCCUUCAGAUUUUCUACCUUAAGUGACCAACCUAUCUAUGCUAAUGCGUGAAAAGAAGACAAUCAAGCCACGCCAGAGAAGUUCUCCUUAUAUGAACUGGGGGGAAAAGGAUUCAGAACCUUCCCUGACCUUCUGUUCCAGCUGCUUCAACAGAAGACCGCAACCCUUCAGCAUCGCUUACAUUACUGCAGAGAUGCGAUAAAAUAAAGCCCAUCUUUUUGACCUAAGUAGAAUGGCACUCCAGAGCCAUCUUCAGGGACGUGUGUUCAGCCAAAGUCUCUAAAAACUGUCCUCCUGGGCUACAACAUCCACAGUUCCCCAGCCAAGCAACCCAUGGGUUUGUGUCAGGGAUGGGUUCUAGCCAGCAUUACUGCCUUUUUGCUCAUGCGCACACUUUGUGUGUGCGCGCGCUGGAUGUGCACUGUGCACGCAUGCACAGUUCAAUGGAAAUUGUUCUGUGCAUGCGCAGAACUCCCCAAAAAGAUGUCGGUGGCAACAGCGAUGACUGGGGAACUGGUUCAGGGGCGUAGCCAGCUUGGGUUGCUGCUGGUUCUGCAACCAAGGCCAGCAUAUCACUCCCAGUUCGGCCAAACUGGGCCGAACUGGUAGGAAGCCACCUCUGGUUUGUGUGAUAUGUUUUGUAGUUCAACACUUUGAAAAUCCCCUGGAUUUGCUCCUCCCUUAGGACAAUCUUGCCAAUAGCCUCAGGAUUCAUUCAAGCACAUGGACUAUUUAAAUCCAGCAGAGUACCUAAGCAAUUCUGCAGGUAUCUGUCUGAUUAACCUGGCAGGUAAACAUCCUUGCUUAGUUUUUCUCUCUCUCCAUCAUUUGUAGCAGAAGGAAAUAAAAGCUAUAGAUUUCUUCUA